UGAAUGUAAAUAGUAGGGAGCUUGGUGUGUGAGUAGCAGUAGUAGUAGUAGUAGUAGUGUUGUGAGGGCGCUGCUCGACACACCCGCUCCCGUAAAAACAAACCAAUCCAGUACAUCCUUACAUCUAUUAGUACUCUUACCAAAAGACAGCACCAUGAGACCAGUGGCCCUAGAGGACGAAGAUGAUGGUCAAGAGAAGGAAGGAAAAGUAAAAAAGGCGACUACUUCAAGAGGAAAAAUAAUCCAGCGAAAACUGGAGAAGCUCAAGAUGAAGAGAUGCUUGAACCAGUAUUUGGAACGGUCAUCUUCAGGAUUUGACAUGGGUGCAGUAUACGAAUUGAAAAUACGGAAGCUGAAAACUAACAAUCGAGCUCUUGCGAAGGCCCUUGCGGAGAAGAAAGAGGAGACACAACAGUGGUACAGAGAAGUAAUUUCUCUAAAAGGAGAGUUACAAGAAGCUCAGGAGCAGCUGCUCAGAGCAACGGAUAAUGACUUUCAAAAAACAGUCGAGCUGAAGGUGGAAAAAAGACUUAGGGAGCAUUGUGAGCCAAUUAAUGCAGCAAUCAGCACUACCAUGGAAAAUGUGCUUAUGGUAGUGGAGGGUCUCACCAAAGCCAAACAGUUAGCUGGAAGAGCAUUAAACAGCUUCCGGAAUCGCUCCUCUGUUAAUUCCUCUUCCGGUUCACUCCCUCGUCCAUUAGGUGCAAGGUUGCCGCUGGGUGCCACCAGCAAUAAUAUAUCACCGCGGCAGAGUGUGGUCUUGCCAAUGGUCAGUGGGCACGUGUUGCAGCCAGCUAUGGUUGCUAUUCCUAAGCUAGAUAUGAUGUGGAGCAGAAAGAUGCAAGAACGCAGUCAAGGUCACCAGGAACCUGAACCCAGCAUGCUGGGAAAGUACCAGAUCCCUGGCCAGCUGACAUGCGGUCUGACUGGAAGUGCAAACCAGAAGUUUGCCGUGCCAGGCUACCAGAGUGGCGCACCAGUCGUGGUGCACCAUCCUACAGCUGUGAGGAAUGCAUCAGAAAGUCCAAGAACAGCUACUGGGAGACGAGGCAAACUGGUGAGAGGGAUGAGGGGAGCAGCCAGCAGAAUGACUACACACUCGCCCACGACAAAGGAGGAUGAUAUACAACAUGAAGUAGGAGAAACUCCAGACAAGCAAGAAGGUAAUGAAGACCCACUGGAGGGGCCAAGCUGGUUGUUCAGUGAGAGUGUAACAAACCGCUCGUCUUGCAGUGCAAAAGGACGAGGUAGAGGUGGACGACGAGGUAAACUAAAGACUAAUGCUCGGUGUACCUCGUUGCAAUCUAGAAAUUCUGUUGUGGUUGAAUCAAGUGACAGUGAAGAAGAUAAUGGUGUUUCAACUUUAAAGAACAGCAAAGUUACUUCAUUCAAGAAACCAUUAGAGAUUGCUGAUUUUGCUAAAGAAAAUUCAACAAAUAGCUUAGAACAUAGUUACCUGGCUUCCCCAGCUACUAUGUUUGCUAGAUUGGAAGAUUUAGAGGCUAAAGCAGGCCGUCAGUCAAAAAGAUCUAAAGGGCGUUCACUUAGGGCAAACAGAGAGAGCAUGGAGAGAGUACAUGAUGUUAUCCCUGAGAAGCAGCUUAGAAGCUCGCCCCGAAGUAAAGAGCUUCUGCGAGGAAUGAAUAAUUCUGCUGUGGCAAAAACUGACGAGUCUUUAAAUCUUCAUUUGGAUGCAACUGUUGGCAGUAGUAGUAAUACUGAGCCUUUAAAUGAUUCUCAUCCUCAAGACACUGUUCAUAUGCCUCCUCCAAUCCUCCCAGGGCCCACUAAGCAAGCAGAAUUUUGGGUAAAUGACAAUGACCUAACAUGUGUGCAUAACAUAAGCAUGGAUAUGACAGAGCCUAUUUCAAAAAUCUUUGCUCAAGCUGCUGUUGAGGCAUUAAAGGAAGAGAAAGGCAAGGAGGUACAGUUGGAGAGAAGAUUCUUUAAGGCAGAAUCAAAUAAACAGCUUAAGGUUCAGCCAGAAGUGGCUGAAAAGACCCCAUUUGAUGUGUCACAGAUGGAUGCAACUCUUGUAAAUAUUCCUCCUUAUUCCUCACAGAGGACUGUAGAAAAAGAAAAUUUACCGCCACAAUUUGAAAAUCACAGUAAUGCGGAUGCAGCUUCAGUGAUGUUCGUGAACCUGCGAAGAGUAUCGGUUGUUCUUGAAGAUGUACUGAAGAGUCCUCGAAGCACAGAAAAGUUCACGCCACAAGUGAACCUUGCCUUGUCUUCUGGCUCUGGAAGUUCUCGAUGUUCCUCUAGCAGUAGAAGUCGAAAUAAGCAACAUCAGAAGUCCACAGCAGAAAGUCCAAUGAAGAGUGAACCUGUAAGAAGAAAGAUGUUGACAUAUUCUUUGCAGAUAGAGGAAGAUGAUAAAGAUUUAGAAGAUAGCGAUGAUGAGGCAUGGAUACCUUCUGGCAUCAGAAAGAGUAAAACAUGCAAACGAAGGAAUACAACCACUGGGAAGGUACAAGGGAGGAAUUCUUCUGUUGGUAGAAAAAGAUCUGCAACGGACAUUGUUCCAGAGCGUUUAAAAAAAGUAGGCCGUAAAAAGAAGUAUGUGAACAGUUCUGAAUCUCCAAGAACAACGCCAGACAUUAGCCUUGAUGAUAAAAAUGGUGAGACUGUAGAUCAUGAUAAAGAAGACAAACGUGGUGACAAAGCAUUAAGAAAUGUGAUUGUGGAUAAAACUGUAGACUCCGAGAGUACCACUCCAAAUAUUAUGGCUGACUGCUAUGUUAAAGUCCAUCGAGCAUCUUUGAAAAAUAUCAGAGACUCUGUUACUAAUCCUGAAGAAUCUCUUCUCCUAAAACUUGAUGAUAGUAAUAUUUCAUUAUCACCAAUACUGCCUUCAAAAUCCACAGAGGACCAGACAAAGAAAGCAGGAAAAAAACAGGCUACAGGUAUUCAGGUGGAUCAGUCUCCUAUAUCAGAUGGUACCCAGGAUGUCAACACUGAGGUUCAACAAAGGAAAAAGGUAAAAGAAAAUGCAGGUGGUACACAGGAAAGAGAACAGACUGAUGACGAAGAUAAAAGUAAUGAAACCCUUAAAGAUACGGAAGGCAAAAUGAGACGGAAAACCGAUAGACUGCAGUCAGAAAAGCAAGCGGAUAUAAAGGAAGGCGAGCAACUUAAUGACAUCAUGGAACUGGAACAGCCGAACCAUGAUCUUGAUCUACAGAGGAAGAACCAGAGGGAGAGUGCAAGAUACACUUCUGGAAGAGUGGAAAAAUUGAAGGAAGUCCAGAGUGAAGGACUUGGCACACAUGUAGAGGAAGCUUUAUGUAGGGUGAACCAGAUAGAUCAAGAGAAGAAGACUCAGGAUGACAAGGGUCAAGAGGGCAAAAAUCAGGAUGAAAUGGACAUUAAAAAGAAAAUUAAUGCAGGAAACUUAAAAGAACCAUCAGAAAAGCGGCUGAAGGCUGUGACUGAAAUAACUGAGCCAGACGGUAAUAUUGUGAAUGAAGGCACCCAACGCAGGAAAAGAAGAGCGGCAUCAAAAAUUACUUCUUUCAAGGAAAUGAGCCUCAUUAGUAAAAUGCGGCAGGAGUCCGGCAACACAGUUGUGUGUAGUACCCAUCACUCGAGGAAGUCUGGACGCAGGUCUGCUACAAAUUAAGUUGAUUACGAAAUAACUUAAUGUACAUUUAUAAUUCAUAUUCUGUAAACAUAGAGUUUGUUUAUUUGCCAGACCUAAAUUGUUGAGUCUUUGUAUUCUUUGUUAGGUCAAGUGAAUGUAACAGAAUUAUUAGAUUUAACUUUGUUACAGUUAUGGCCUUUAUAAGGAUGAAUUUAAACUUAUGCUGCCAUAAUUUUUUAUUCAAAAUAUUCAGAUUAUUGAAUAGUGUUAGAUUUUUUAGCUGCAAUCAGUAGAGUUGAAGACCAAGCAAAACUGGCAUUAAACAUGUCUUCCACCAGAUGUUUUAACUUUGCACAAGUUAAUCAGAAGAGAAUUAAUAUAUCUGCCUGAGAAUUUGUGCAAUUAGAUGACAAGAUAUUGGUUACCAGUGAAGCUUUUUUUUAGUUGGAAGUUCAUGAAAGAGAUUGAUGUAGUACAAGAAUCAUGUGUGUGUAAUGUGUAUCAAAGAGACAGGUGAAUGAAUAUUUAAAAUACACCAUUUUAAAAUGUUUAAAGCAAAAAAGUAACAUUUGGUUUCUUGUUAGUUCUUGAGCUGCAAACCGUUUGAAUUUUUUUUUAGCCAUAGAUCAUCUAAUGGAAUAUAUGCAGAAAAUUGAUAUAGAAAUAAAUGUAAUUGCUUAAAUUGCCAAGUUAAAAUGGAAGUAUAUUGUCUAUUAUAUACAAUAUAGUAGAUCAUAUAUUAGGGAAGAUAAUUCAGAACUGCUAGUAGCAGCUACAUCUUGUAUCCUGAAAUUUAUUUGUUUACACAUACAUCAUCUGUUGUUCCCCUGCGUCCCACCACCUCGCCCUUCCCCUGCGUCCCACCACCUCUCCCUUCCCCUGCGUCCCACCACCUCUCCCUUCCCCUGCGUCCCACCACCUCUCCCUUCCCCUGCGUCCCACCACCUCUCCCUUCCCCUGCGUCCCACCACCUCUCCCUUCCCCUGCGUCCCACCACCUCUCCCUUCCCCUGCGUCCCACCACCUCGCCCUUCUCCUGCGUCCCACCACCUCGCCCUUCCCCUGCGUCCCACCACCUCUCCCUUCCCCUGCGUCCCACCACCUCUCCCUUCCCCUGCGUCCCACCACCUCUCCCUUCCCCUGCGUCCCACCACCUCUCCCUUCCCCUGCGUCCCACCACCUCGCCCUUCCCCUGCGUCCCACCACCUCGCCCUUCCCCUGCGUCCCACCACCUCGCCCUUCCCCUGCGUCCCACCACCUCGCCCUUCCCCUGCGUCCCACCACCUCGCCCUUCCCCUGCGUCCCACCACCUCGCCCUUUCCCUGCGUCCCACCACCUCGCCCUUCCCCUGCGUCCCACCACCUCGCCCUUCCCCUGCGUCCCACCACCUCGCCCUUCCUCUGUGUCCCACCACCUCUCCCUUCCCCUGCGUCCCACCACCUCGCCCUUCCUCUGUGUCCCACCACCUCUCCCUUCCCCUGCGUCCCACCACCUCGCCCUUUCCCUGCGUCCCACCACCUCUCCCUUUCCUUGCUCCCCUGCAUCCCAUCAUCUUAGCUUUGUAUUUCCAUUUGUUAACUAGAAGCAGUCAUCACUGAGAUGUGUUCAUAACCAGUUGUUAUAGCUAUUCCCUCCAUGUCGACACCACUGGGUGUCUCCACUAGUGCUGCAUACAUUGAAAGUGUGCAGGAAGUUGUGUGAAGUUGCCUAUUAUAAGUUUACACUGGGCUGAAUAAUGUUGCAGUCUCACCUCACAAAAGUGUGGGUCAUCCCUCACAAGGAAGUUUUCACUACAACUGUUGACUAAUGUUCUAGGCUUUAUUCCACUUUUCUUUUUUAACAUUGACAGUUUUUUAACUUUGACAUUAGGGAAAAGAUCUUGGCACUUGUUCCCUAAUUUUAACCAACCGUAAUAUUCACAAGUAUAAACCCACAUUGUUUUGUCAUCUAGCCACAUGAGGACUGAAUUCUUUUCUUAGGUAUCGAGCAAAGAAUCUGAUUUGCAUGUAUAUUCAGAUUUGUGGUCAAUUCUGCAAUGUUUGCUAGUCAUUGUAAGUUUGGGGAAGGUAUACAAAAAAUACCUGCAGUAACAUUUAGAAGUUGUAAUAAGGACAGAGAAAAGCUAUGAAUGUUUAUUGUUAUAGUGAUUAGAACUAAGCCUCUAAUUGAAAAUUUCAAGUUAACAAAGUGUGUAAGUUAUCUUUGAACAUUAUUUUAUUUCGAGUACUGUAGUAAUAUGUCUGGUGGUUCAACAAAAGCUGUAGUGAAGGCUGUCGAAAAUGCUUAGUAUGAUAAGGCAAGAAAAGUUUGGUGAAGUUUUCUUUCAUGAAGCUAUGUAAUUACUGGUGAAGUAGGAAUAGAGUUGGGGGGAUAAGAGGUAGUGUAUUUGGGAUUGUGCAUUCAUAUUUAAUACUAUUAAAGUCUUUUUAUUUGAGGAGUGACUUUUGUUAAAUAUGUUCCCUAUUGGUGGGCAAGAAAGUUACUGUAAUGUUAAAGAAGGUUAAUUUGGUUAAAAGGUGUGAGCCUCGAAUGUUGGCAUAUUUUAGUAAUGCACAGUUAGUAUACACAUGAGCAGUGGAGACAUGAUAAUAAAAACACCCCAGAGUUAGUGUGCCACAAUUGUUAGAGGUAAAUCUUGCUCAAAGUUCUCACAUGUUAUUUUGUUAAUGGGAAUAAUUACCGAUUAUGAAAGAUGCCCUAAAUAUUCAUAAAUAUAAAUUAAAUAACAAAUAUUUAGAUAUUUCUGUGAUAAGAAAAUUUGAGAGCCAUUUAGAAAGUGUAAUAAUAAUAAUAAUACAAAUGUAAAUCAGUAGUAGUAUUAUUACAGUACUGUAUCUGUAAUAAAAAUCCAUUUACUACUAAUAAUAAUAACUGUAAUAAUACAGUAUUAUUGUUAGUUAUUGUCAAAAGGAAAUAUUUAGACAUUACCAUGUUCAAGUGAAGCUGGGUUAUCAUUUUUAUAUAUUUUCUAGCCACUGUAAUUUGGCAGGCCAUUUGUAAGUGCCAAGACCUCACUAAGAGUGCUUGUCACACGUGAAGCUGGCACAGUUAAGCUUAUACAUUAACAAUAUGCCUUAAGCUACUACAGUCUUAAAUAUUUCACGAAUUUCAGCUUUUAAUUUAGUAUAAAUCUGAAUCUAAAUUCUAUAUAAAAUACUGUGUGGGACCAUACAUUUGAGUUAAACCAAAAGUUACAUUAGCAGAAAUACAUGCUCAUUUUUGCAAACACUUUGAUAAGAUUUUGUUUUGUUAAGGAUGUGUGCUAAUUUCAUGCCUGGAAGCAUAACAUUAGUCUGUGCACUUCCAGGGGAGUUUUUUUUUUUUUUUUUUUAAGAUUUCAUUGAUAUAAACUAGAUAAAUUAGUUUUGUCCACUUCCAUAUCAUUCAUAGUGUUGUCUUAUUUAUUUGAUCUAAUUUGUUGUGAAAAACUUUAACAAUUGUCACUGGUGACCAAAUGUCAGUCUUGUGCCAGGCCUUGCCUAAGCCCAUUCCAAGAGCCAAAUAAAUUUGUUUUUAAGUUUUUUUUAGAUUUUGAAACUGCCUUAUACAUAACUGUACUUAGGUAUCCUCAGUAGAGAUACUGUGAACUCGUUUUUCUGCCAGGUAAUAGUGUAAUAUUGUAUUGUGAAAACCCUCAUUGUUUUGACCCAUUUCCUUUCCUCUUUCUCUUCCUUAUGAAACACUCGUGAUUGGGGGUUUAAAACCACCCAUCAGGGCAGAAGCUUGACAAGGUGUACCUGCCUCGCCUAAAUCAUUGGAUGAACAAUGAUGAUACAUUAAUAUCUUCAGUAAUAUUUAAAUUGUUUUAAUCACAUUUUGUGUUGAAAUAUUAAACAAUACAAAUUCAUUUAUCUAAACAAUGCUUAUGCAGGUUCCUACAUUACCGGGAAGGAAACCCAUUUGGGUACAUAACUCUUGUGCCGUAUCUAAACUGGAUCCUGAUAGAUAUAAGAAUGCACUGAAGAUUUAUCAUGUAGACUGAUUGUUUUACCAUAAAUAAACUGGAAGAUUAAAGAAA